AUGGAUGAAACUGAAAAAAAUCUACCUCAUACAUCCGAUAUUCACAAUGUCCUUCCGGAUGUCGUUCAUUCUAAACAGAUCGCUACUUUGGAGAGUGAAGAUAAAGUAACUGAAAUAAAUAGGGAAGACAUAAUUCAGGUAUCGCAAUUAAACUCGACAGAUUUGGAUUAUGUUAGUGAAGCGGAAUCUAUUUCAGAGCAAAUUCCUUCUAAUGUUGAAGAUUCCGUUUCUGAGUCUGAUGUGGGGCAGUCACAAUCUCGCGAUUUCCUUAGAGUACCUACUGAUCAUGAACAAAAAAAUGCCUCUCCUCAUUUACAAAUUUCAAAUUCUCCUAGCAUUAGUCCCAGUGCUCAACAGCAAAAACAAACUACAUCAUGGCACUAUGAUACAGAAUAUUCUGAUUUUCACAUAAGCAAUGAAAGCCCAGUAAAUCUGCCAUUGUCGUCUGAUACAUCAAAAGAAUUACAUAGAGAAAAAUCAGACUCUAACUCAUAUGAAAUAGAAUCUCCAAAAAGUUUCUCAGACUCAUUAAAUGAUAAUGUAAAACUGAAAACCAACUCAAAAAGCAGUGCAGGGAAUUCAAGUACCAGUAUUAAAACUGGAGCUGACAUGAGUUUAAGUUCUGAGGAUGUUAUAAAGCUAGAUAUAAGAGGAAAAGGUGCUCCAAGAUUCCCUUUAGAGUCUGCUAAAAUAAUAUUUGGCCCUCCACCUGAUUGUGCAACUAUUAUUAGCUCUGAGUCGUGUACUAUUUUUCCUGUAUUAACACCAUUAACUACAGAAGCAAUCAAAAUAAAAGAAAUAUUUGACUCUGAACUUGGCAACACUUCUGCGGGAGUUAUUGUAGAAGAAAUUUCAAAUCAAGCAUCUAAGGAAACAUCUCCGGAUAAAUCUUUAGUGAGCGAUACCAGUGAGAAAGAACAAGAUGUGUUGAUUGAAGAAGUGACUAUUGAUUAUGUUAAAGAAAAAAAGGAUGACCAGCCGAAAUCUUUUAUACCUGAUGAGACUAUGUCUUUUAGCACUAUGACAACUGACUACAAAACAAUCUGUGAAGAAUAUACUGUGAAGCUUGUGCAUUUGGAAGAAGCUAUAAACCAACGAGAACAGCUUAUUGCAGAAUUGACAAUCUCAUUGCAGCAAUCAGACAAUGAACGCGAACACCUUAAACAUGAAAAUAUGCAUCUCUGCUCUGAAGUGCAGACACUGCAACAUGCUGUUGCAGAACACUCACAAUCUGACCAUGAUACAAUUAAAGGCCAACUUUCAGAUUUCGUGAAGUAUCAAAGUAUGCUUAAGGAUGACAGUACUAGAUUUUACUCUGCUGUUAUGAGUGGGACGACAUCUCUACAAAGCUCAAAUGGCGAAAAGGACAUGGACCGCGAGGAAAUAACAGUCAAUCACUCUAAGUCAGAUUUAAAGUCCGGUUCAGGAUCCGAAGACUUUCAAACUGGCUUUGAAAAUAAGUUGUCCAUAUUGCUCAAUAAAUUUGGUGGUUUUAUAGAAGAUAAUUUAAGAAACAAAUUGAGGGAAAGCUUGAUAUCAGUGCUAUGUGAUGAAAUUGGAAAAAUGCGGUUAGAGUUUGAGACGGACGUGAGAGAGUUAGAGAGUCAAAUGAAGCAGAAUGAACAAGAAUAUACCUCGGAAACUCGACGCCUUAGAGAUCUGCUAUCUUCCGUAAAAGCCGGCAAUGCAAAUAUAGAUGAACUAAGGAAGGAGUAUGAGAAAGAAAUGCAAGAUUUACGAACUUUUUUUGAAGAGAAAUGUUCUGAUAUAAAACGGAGCUAUUCAGAAGAAGUUUGGCGCGAUCGUGCCUACGUGUCUGCGGGAUCCUCGGAGGAUGAGAUCGGGGCGGGAGACGCGAGAAGACGAACACGCUCCGCUGAGCUUCCAUCGUCACGCAUUGAGACAUCGACACCAGUAGAAUUGACACAACGACAAACGAACAAAAAGCUCGAACAACAGUUAGAAGAGUUGAAAACUGAACACUUGCAGUAUAUUAAUGAACUGCAAAUGAGGCAUAAAGAGGAAAUUGCGUCUUUAGAAGAACAGAUAACCCAUUUGAAGGCUCACAUACAGACAGCAGAGAAUACGGAAGGGAACUUUUCAUUCCAACAGGAUAUCGACUCGGAACUAGAAAAGGGUCACAUCGAAAAGAUUCGCGAAGAAAUAUUUCACCAGCUGCAAGACCAGCUGCAGGUGCUGCUAUCGGACCCAGACGCGGAUUUGACCAGUUGGCCAUUGGAGCUGGUGGUCCUGAGGGACAAGAUUCAUGCUGAUAAAACACAAGAGAAUGAGGUAUUUGUAAUGAUAUAUAUAUAG